AUGAGAAGGACAGACGUAGUACUCUUGUUGGAGGUUUGGAUGGUUUUGAUGAUGGGAGUUGUGGUGGUUUUGGCAGCAAAUCCACCAAGUCCUAAAAUUGAAUUGAAUGGACAAAUUUCCAAGAUGGAAUCUAAAUGUUUGAUUGGCUUGAAGGGAUUGAAAUGUGGAGGAGGCAUACCAAUGUCUGUUCAAAAUGCACAACUUAGAGGUGCAAAUGCAAUUGUUGAUGAAUCUGUUAUUAUUGCUGGUGUUGGUUAUAGUAGAGUGGAUCAUACCAUCAAGCCACAAAUAUUGAAAUCUCCAACAGCUAAGAAGGUGCCUGUAACAAGCACUAAAUUGUUGAAUGUUAUGAGAAAUGCAAAUGAAUUCUUUGAGCUUGUCUAUCCUGCUGAUGGAAAGCCAAUUUAUAAUGGAUUGUAUUCACACAACUCAGGAGCUGAAAAUAUUUAUCAAAACUAUUUCAAAGGAGAUAUGGUUGUCAUGGAUGCCCAACAACAAUACAUUACUCACCAAGUAGAAACAAAUACCAUUCAAGUUACUGAGGAUUUCCAAAGAAUUAUUGAUAUUUUACCAAAUGCUAUGGAUAGAGAUUUGUACAAUUUGGUCAUUACAUCUUUUGGUGAUUCCAUUCUCACUAGUGUUAAUUAUGGUGGAGUUGUCGAUAUGGUUGUCUCUGUUAGAUCCUGUUUCAGUGAUGCAAAUAUGAAGAGUUAUUUGGAUAUUCAAUUACAACUGUCUGUUGAUAAUAAUACUGAUACAUCCUCUCUUCCAACAGGAUAUAUUAGAUACAAUAAGGUAGCUCAAUUGGAUAUCGUUGGAGGUAAUCCUCAAAUUUUCAACGUAAAGGAAAGAGUUAAAACUUUUGAACAAAAUCCUGUUCCAGUUAAAUUCUUGUCCAUUCCAAUUUGGAGAGCAUUCCCAGCUGGACCAAAACAAGAAAAUAUGAAAACUGUCUACAAUGAAUAUGUAAAUCAAAAGGGAAAGGAAAUUUCAGGCUUAUUCACUCAAUUGGAAGACAAGAGACUUCAAGAAGCUCAAACAGUUUACCUCUUCAGAGACAAUCCAUACGGUCUCAUUGUUGAUCACGGCCAAAGAAUGGAAUUGGCUCCUGGAGCAAGUGGAUUGAGUAAUGAAUCAAUCAAACUUGUUUUCCAACCUAAUUUCCCAUAUGAUGAGCCAACAAUUAUUUUCGGAUUGAGACCUUACGUACACAGAAACAACGACGGAUCUUUCUUUUUCGAUUUCUUGAAAGGAAUUUGUGAUAAUUAUGAAAUUGAAAAGUGCAAAUACCCAGAGUUGGCCAAUAGACCUCAAACUCCAGCCCAACACAUUUCUCCAACUGGAAAAGGUGAAUGUGUCAAGUUGAAAUUCCCAUACACUGCACAAACUCGUUAUUCUUCAUUUUAUCUGUGGGCCUGUUCUGGAUGUAUGCCAUUUAUUUCAAAUACUGGAAAAGAACUUACUUGCAAUUGCCCAUUUGUCAAAUAA